AAGGAAAUAAAAAAUGAGAAGAGAGGAAAAACGUCACACCCACUAUGUUUUUUUUUUCUCUUCUUGCUCCUUUGUUGCCCUGGUAACUAACAACACAAGUGCUUCGAAGAGGAAGGGUUCUGCAAAAUCUCUGCAAACUUAACUAAAUUAACUUGAAAGAAAAAAAGGAGCAGUGGUUGGAUGUAUGGGUAAUUUUUUUCUUCUAUGAGGAGUUUUCUUAAGGAAGAAAAGUUGAAGCCAUGUCCUUCAGCUCCCGGAAUGCUAAGAUCAGCUACAGAAGCAGGACCAGCCAGUCGUCUAUGUCUGUGGAGAUGCAGAAGGAAAUGCAGCAAAAGCUAAAAGAGGAGCGUGAGGCUAAGCGCGCCCAGCUGGACGGAAGACAUGACUACAUCCUCAAUAUUGUGGCUUCAUGCCUGGGACUGGAGAAGUCUGAUGUUGAAGAUGCCAUUCUGGAAGGAAAUCAGAUUGAUCGUAUGGAACAGUUCUUUGUGGCAAGUGGUCUUCCACACCUCAUGUUUUAUUAUCAGGACACUGAACUCGCAGAAGGAGCAGCUGCAACCUCUCCACCCACCCGGCUUGAUUCCCACCAGCCAGGUCACAUAAGGAAAGUGUUUGUAACUGAUGGAAGGGACGUGGCAUUGACCGGAGUUUGCGUCUUCUUCACAAGAGCAAACACUUUGAAAGCAAUAACUUCCGAGAACAUACACAGAGAUGUGAACUUCAAUAUGUUGGAUACAACAGAAGUUGGACUAUUAAAAAGUGUGGAGCAGUUGCUUUCAGACAUUUUUAUUCCCACACUGAGGAAAAUAAACCAUGGCUGGGGUGAUCUGGCUAGUCCUCAGGCCCAGAGUGUAAAACAAGAGUUCAUAUCUUCACUUGAAAGCUUUGUGUCUGUUCUGGCGAGUGCACAGGAGAGUCUACAAGAAAAGGUUACCUUGAAGGAGUGUGACACGUUUGACUUGCGGGUGUUGAAAUCCCCAGCAGAUUACAUGGCAGCAGCCAACAGCGCAGAAGCCACAGAAAAAAUAGAAGCCUGUGUGAAAGUUUGGAUCAAACAGAUAGAACAGGUUCUCGCAGAGAGUAACCAGCUCCGUAAGGAGGCUGACGACCUCGGGCCUCGUGCUGAACUGGACCACUGGAAGAAACGAACGGCUCGCUUCAACUAUCUUUUGGACCAGCUCAAAACUCCGGAAGUCAGUGCUGUACUGGGUGUUCUCCUACUGGCCAAAUCUAAACUCAUUAAGUCAUGGCGGGAACUAGACGUAAGGAUUACUGAAGCAGCUAAUGAGGCCAAAGACAACGUGAAGUACCUCUACAGCUUAGAGAAGUUCUUUGACCCACUCUACAACAGUGACCCUGUAUCAAUGGUGGAUGCCAUCCCUGGUUUGAUCAAUGCCAUCAAGAUGAUUCACACCAUUUCUCGCUACUAUAACACAUCUGAAAAACUAACAUCACUCUUUGUUAAGGUCACAAAUCAGAUGAUAACUUCUUGCAAAGCCUACAUCACUAAUAAUGGUUCCAAUUCAAUAUGGGACCAACCUCAACAAGAGGUUACUGAUAAAAUCAAAGCUGCAAUUCAUCUAAAUCAGGAGUACCAGCUGUGUUUUCAUAAAACCAAGGAGGAGCUGGAGCAAUCUCCAUCUCAGAGAAAGUUUGACAUCAGUGAGAUGUACAUCUUUGGGAAGUUUGACACAUUCCAGCGACGUCUCAACAAGAUCCUCAAAAUGUUUGACACCAUCUCCACCUACUCUGCACUUCAGGACUCCAAGAUUGAAGGACUUGAAACAAUGGCUACCAGAUUUCAAUCUGCAGAAAUGCAGGCAAAAUGGGAGGCUAUAGUGUUGAACAUGAAAAAGAAGAAUUACAGUUUUCUAGACCACAGAAAAACUGACUUUGAUGUUGAUUUUGAGGAAUUCUGCAAAAGCACUUCUGAGCUCCAUAACCAACUGAAGGCUUUCAUGGAUAACACGUUUGAAAAAAUUCAAAAUACAGAAAGAGCUUUAAAUGUGCUGAAAAAAUUUGAAAGACUGGGCAUUCCUGAUCUUGGAAUUAAUGAAAAGUACCAGCACAUCUUGCAGAACUACGGUCGGGACCUUGAAAUGGUUUCCAAUGUCUAUGCAGAGCAAAAAUCGGACCCUCCUGUUGCUAGGAACAUGCCACCAGUGGCGGCUCGGAUCAUGUGGGCUCGGCAGCUGUACAGCCGGAUUCGAGCUCCCAUGAAUCUCUUUGAAAAGUGUGAAGGUGUCCUUUCCACAUCAGAGGCAAAGAAGAUUAUCAGGAACUUUAACAGGGUAGCAAGGAUCCUGUUGGAGUAUGAAAUUAUGUACCAUCACAGCUGGAUGACAAAGAUGGAAUAUGCCAGGGCUGGCCUAAAGGCCUCUCUCUUGGUCAGAUCUUCAGUGACUGGACAGCUGUAUGUGAACUUUGACCCAGAAAUACUUACGCAGAUCAGGGAGACUGACUGCAUGAAGCGGAUGAAUCUGGAGAUCCCUCCCUUUGGUGUUUUGUUGCAGCAGAAACAGGAUAUACUCAAGAAACACUAUGAUAAAUUACAGCUAAUGUUGAGUGAAAACACCAGAGUGCGAGCCAAGAUUCAACCUGUAUUUGAACAACUGUCCAUGCCACAUGUUGCUAAGGUGGAUGAGACUAUUCAGCCAGGUUUGACCUUCCUCAGCUGGACGUCUCUGAGCAUAGACAAGUAUCUAAGCCGCAUUGACAAAGCACUGGCUGAUUUGGAGCUGUUAAUAGACAGAGUGAAUGACUUGGUAGAGUUUAGAAUAGAUGCUGUACUGCAGGAGAUGAAUGCAGCCACAUUGUGUGUCCUGCCAGAAGACCAACCUAUCACCUGUGAAGAAUUUGUGAAGACCACCAGGGACUUGUGCAUAAAACAAGCUCAGAAGCUACACCUUAAGAGCACACUUGUGGAAGAGGCUACCAAUGAGCUGAUCAACAUGCUGAUGGAGUUUGACCACGGUCAGAAGGAGGAGGUGAAGGGCGUGGAAGAAAACGCUGGUGAAAAUGGACACUCCUCCGAAAGCCAUCUCUUCUCCAGGAACACUUUGCUUCCUCAUGCUACUUCAGGUCCUUCCUCUCCUUUACCAAAGAGGAGGAAGAAGAAAGACUUGAUGAAAGUAAUGGAAGAGGAAGCACAGGAACUGCUUUCUUACUUCAACCACCGCAAUGUGGAGGCUUUGCUCAAAGUGAUAUGCAAUACCUUGGAGAUGCUGCGCAAGCGCAUACAUACCUCAUCGCUUGGGCAUUUCUUGGGUGAAAGUGCUGCACUGAGCCAUGGGAAACACAGUGGUCAGCAGGCCAUCUUCAGAGCCAAUGUGACUCUCUCUAUACCGAACAUUGUCAUGGUUCCAGGUCUGGAGGAGGUCCAGCAGGCUUUAAACAGGGCUGUUGAAUGUGUGGUCAGUGUGAGCAAAGGAGUAGGUCAGUGGAGCAAAGAAAGAAUCUGUAAGAAAAAAAUGAAUGAGAGACGGAUGGCGGCUCUUAAACAAGACAGCUCUGAGAGUGAAUCAGACGAUGAAGCAACGACACACAGGAGUGUGACUGAUUGCACCAGCUCAGAGAUUUCAGCAUCGGUGAUUCAAGCUAUUCCAUUCCAAGCAAGAAAUUAUUACAAGAGUGUAUCUGAGAACAAGGAGAUAGUUAAGUUGGUGUCCGUUCUCAGCAGCUCAAUCGCCUCAACUAAGAAGGAAGUAGAAGCUGCUCUUGAUCGUUUCAGCAGUUACCAUCACAUCUGGAGAAAAGAUCGUGAAGACACUUUGCAAAAAUUUAUCCAGGGAAGCCCUUUCCUAUCAGAUUUUGAGAGCCAGAUAAUUUUUUAUCGGGAUCUCGAACUCAAAAUAAACUCUGAACCAGAGUACAUCACUAUUGGAGCCUUAGCUUUAUUCACAGCAUUCCUGAAGAUGUCCCUCACAGCUGAAACUAAGAACUGGAUGGUGGACUAUGGGCUUUAUUGUAACAGGAAAUAUUGCGCAGACAUGGAGCGGAUCUUUGCUUUUGUUGAUGAAGCGGGAAAGAAACUGAAUCGGCAGAUCAAAGACCUCGACGAUAUUCGCAUCGCAAUGGCUGCACUCAAAGAAAUUAGAGAGCAUCAGAUAAAUAUUGAUUUUGAAGUUGGACCAAUAGAGGAGUCCUAUGCUAUGCUUCAUAAAUAUGGUGUGUCAGUUGCCAAGGAGGAGGUUGAUAAGGUGGACACUCUGCGAUACACCUGGGAAAAACUCUUGUCCCGAACAACUGAGGUGCAAAACGAAUUGGUUGCCUUGCAACCGCACUUCCGAGAAGAACUUGUCAGCAAUGUGGAGACCUUUCAGGAGGAUUGCCAACACUUCUAUCAGGAAUAUGAGAAGGAUGGGCCGAUGGUAGAGGGUUUGGCUCCUCAGGAUGCCAGUGACAGACUGAUCAUGUUCCAGAAUCGAUUUGACAAUCUAUUCCGGAAGUACAUAACUUUUACUGGAGGAGAGGAGCUCUUUGGACUUCCAGUUACACCACACCCUCAACUGCUGGAGAUCAAGAAACAGCUGGUCCUGCUACAGAAGCUGUAUGGCCUUUACAACAAUGUCAUUGAAACAGUCAAUGGAUACUAUGACAUCCUUUGGGCUGACAUCAACAUCGAGAGGAUUAAUAAUGAGCUCCUAGACUUUCAGACAAGAUGCCGCAAGCUUCCUCGGGGUCUGAAGGAGUGGCAGGCGUUCUUGGAUCUGAAGAAAACUAUCGAUGACUUCAGCGAGUGCUGCCCCCUGCUGGAACUCAUGACUAACAAAGCCAUGAUGUCGCGCCACUGGAAGAGAAUCACAGAAGUUACUGGCCACACAUUUGAGGUUGAGUCUGAGACAUUUAAGCUACGUAACAUUAUGGAGGCUCCUCUACUGAAGUUUAAGGAAGAAAUUGAGGAUAUCUGCAUCAGUGCUGUUAAAGAGAGGGAUAUUGAGCAGAAACUGAAGCAAGUGAUUGCUGAGUGGGACAACAAGACAUUUACGUUUGCCAACUUCAAGGCGAGAGGCGAGCUGCUUCUGAGAGGAGACAGCACAUCAGAAAUCAUUGCCAGCAUGGAGGACAGCUUGAUGAUUUUGGGGUCUCUCAUGAGCAAUCGGUACAACACCCCAUUUAAGGCCCAGAUCCAGAAGUGGGUUCAGAACCUUUCUAACACCACUGAUAUUAUCGAACACUGGAUGACAGUCCAGAAUUUAUGGAUCUAUCUGGAGGCUGUGUUUGUAGGUGGAGACAUUGCUAAACAGCUGCCUAAGGAAGCAAAGCGUUUCUCAAACAUUGAUAAGUCUUGGGUGAAGAUCAUGAUGCGCACUCAUGAAAUGCCCAAUGUUGUGCAAUCCUGUGUGGGAGAUGAGACGAUGGGCCAGCUGCUUCCUCACCUGCUGGAGCAGCUGGAGAUCUGUCAGAAGUCACUUACAGGUUAUUUGGAGAAGAAGCGACUGCUUUUUCCGCGUUUUUUCUUUGUCUCUGACCCUGCCUUGCUGGAGAUUCUGGGCCAAGCCUCUGACUCCCACACUAUCCAGGCUCACCUUCUCAAUGUCUUUGACAACAUCAAAACUGUUCGCUUCCACGACAAGAUAUAUGACCGGAUCCUUGCUGUGUCAUCGCGUGAGGGGGAAACUGUGGAGCUGGAGCGUCCUGUCAUGGCUGAAGGGAAUGUUGAAGUGUGGCUGAAUGCUCUGCUGAAAGAGUCCCAGUGGUCAUUGCACCUGGUGAUCCGACAGGCUGCUCUGGCCAUCCAGGACUCUGGCUUCCAGCUUAUCGAAUUCUUAAACUCUUUCCCUGCACAAGUGGGCUUGCUUGGUAUCCAGAUGAUAUGGACAAGAGACGCUGAAGAGGCACUUGCCAAUGCCCGAUAUGAUCGCCGCAUUAUGUCAAAAACCAACCAGCUAUUCUUGGAUUUGCUCAACACACUAAUUGACAUGACCACAAGAGAUCUGGAAGCUGUAGAGAGGACCAAAUACGAGACCCUCAUAACGAUCCAUGUUCACCAGAGGGACAUAUUUGAUGAUCUGUGCCGGUUGCAUGUCAAAAGCCCCACUGACUUUGAGUGGCUGAAGCAGUGUCGUUUCUACUUCAACGAGGACUCAGACAAGAUGAUGAUCAACAUCACCGAUGUAUGCUUUGUUUACCAGAAUGAGUUCCUGGGUUGCACAGAAAGACUCGUCAUUACACCUUUGACUGACAGAUGUUACAUCACCUUAGCUCAGGCUCUUGGUAUGAGCAUGGGUGGAGCUCCUGCUGGUCCCGCAGGCACAGGUAAGACUGAGACUAUAAAGGACAUGGGUCGCUGUCUGGGAAAAUAUGUUGUGGUCUUCAAUUGCUCUGACCAGAUGGAUUUCAGAGGCUUGGGAAGAAUAUUCAAGGGUCUGGCUCAGUCUGGAUCUUGGGGAUGCUUUGAUGAAUUUAAUCGCAUUGACCUCCCAGUUCUGUCGGUGGCAGCCCAGCAGAUUGCAAUAGUUCUUACAUGCAAGAAAGAGCGCCGCAAAAACUUUGUCUUCACCGAUGGAGACAAUGUUGACAUGAAUCCUGAGUUUGGCAUCUUCCUUACCAUGAACCCGGGUUAUGCAGGUCGCCAGGAGCUUCCAGAAAACCUAAAAAUCAAUUUCCGAUCUGUAGCCAUGAUGGUUCCUGACCGCCAGAUCAUUAUUAGAGUAAAACUGGCCAGUUGUGGAUUCAUAGACAACAUGGAGUUGGCUCGCAAAUUCUUCACGCUUUACAAGUUGUGUGAAGAGCAGCUUUCGAAACAGGUUCACUAUGACUUUGGCCUACGAAACAUCCUGUCAGUCCUGCGCACACUGGGAGCAGCCAAGCGGGCGAACCCCACUGACACAGAGUCCACCAUUGUCAUGAGGGUUCUGAGAGACAUGAACCUGUCCAAACUGAUUGAUGAAGAUGAGCCCCUAUUUCUGAGCUUGAUUGAAGACCUCUUUCCUGGCAUCAAGCUUGAUAAAGUGGGCUACCCUGACCUAGAAGCUGCCAUUGACAAACAGGUUGAAGAUGCAGGUCUGAUCUGCCAUUCUCCCUGGAAGCUAAAGGUUAUUCAGCUCUUUGAGACCCAGAGAGUUCGACAUGGUAUGAUGGCCCUCGGACCAAGCGGAGCUGGAAAAACCACCUGUAUUCAUACCCUGAUGAAAGCUAUGACAGAGUGUGGUCAACCUCACAGAGAAAUGCGUAUGAACCCCAAAGCCAUCACUGCACCUCAGAUGUUUGGAAGACUGGAUGUAGCCACGAAUGACUGGACUGAUGGCAUCUUUUCUACACUUUGGAGAAAAACUUUGAGAGCAAAAAAAGGAGAGCACAUCUGGAUUGUACUAGACGGACCUGUUGAUGCCAUUUGGAUUGAAAACUUAAACUCUGUUUUGGACGACAACAAAACUCUGACAUUGGCAAAUGGAGACCGUAUACCGAUGGCGCCCAACUGCAAGGUGGUUUUUGAGCCACAUAACAUUGACAAUGCUUCUCCAGCCACCGUGUCACGUAAUGGCAUGGUGUUCAUGAGCUCCUCAGUUCUCAGCUGGAGCCCAAUUCUGGAGGGUUGGUUGAAGAAACGCUCUCCACAGGAGGCAAAGGUACUGAGAAAGCUGUUCUCUUCUUCCUUCUCUGAGCUGUACUGCUUCAGCUUGCAGUCACUGGAGUUCAAGAUGGAAAUGUUGGAGGCCUUUGUCAUCAUGCAAUGCAUAAACAUGCUGCAGGGACUAAUUCCCCCAAAGGAACACUGUGGUGAGUUAUCUUUGGAGCACCUGGAGCGACUUUACGUCUUUGCCCUCAUGUGGAGCUGCGGGGCUUUACUUGAGCUGGAGGACAGAAGGAAGAUGGAGGCCUGGCUCAGAGGAAAUGACAGUAUCUGUUUAAAUUUACCAGACAUUCCUUCACCCAGUGACAACACCAUGUUUGACUACUAUGUAACAUCAGAAGGCCACUGGGUCCACUGGAACACCAGGGUGGAAGAAUACUUUUAUCCGUCUGAAGUCACCCCAGAGUACAGCUCUAUUUUGGUCCCCAAUGUCGACAAUGUUAGAACAGACUUCCUGAUUCAGACUAUUGCAAAGCAGGGCAAGGCUGUUUUGCUGAUUGGAGAGCAAGGAACAGCCAAGACCGUCAUGAUCAAAGGCUACAUGUCAAAUUAUGACCCUGAGAGCCACAUUGGAAAAAGUCUCAACUUCUCUUCUGCUACUACGCCUCUCAUGUUCCAGAGAACGGUUGAGAGCUUCGUGGACAAGAGGAUGGGGACGACCUAUGGUCCUCCUGCUGGGAAGAAAAUGUCAAUAUUCAUAGAUGAUAUCAACAUGCCUGUCAUCAAUGAAUGGGGAGACCAGGUGACCAAUGAGAUUGUCAGACAGCUGAUGGAGCAGAAUGGCUUCUUCAACCUGGAGAAGCCGGGAGAGUUCACCAAUAUUGUUGACGUUCAGUUCCUGGCAGCCAUGAUUCAUCCAGGAGGAGGGCGCAAUGACAUUCCACAGAGGCUGAAAAGGCAGUUCUCUGUCUUUAACUGCACACUUCCCUCCAAUGCCUCCAUCGAUAAGAUAUUUGGUGUGAUUGGCGAGGGCUACUUCUGCGCUCGGCGAGAGUUCAGCGACGAGGUUCAGAGCACUGUGCAUCGCUUGGUGUCUCUAACCCGACGUCUCUGGCAGAUCACAAAGCUUAAGAUGCUUCCGACUCCUGCAAAGUUUCACUACAUCUUCAAUCUGAGAGACCUGUCCAGGGUAUGGCAGGGGAUGCUUACAACUACCGCUGAGGUAGUCAGCUCGGUCCAGGUGUUGCUGGCUCUGUGGAAGCACGAGUGCAAACGUGUGAUAGCUGAUAGAUUCACAAUGCCUGAUGACGUGGAGUGGUUUGACCAAGCUCUGGCAAAGCUGGUGGGAGACGAGCUGGGGGAGGAGCUCAGGAAUACGGUGGAUUUUGGAGUAGACAGAUACUUUGUCGACUUCUUAAGAGAUGCACCAGAAGCUACAGGGGAGGAACCAGAAGAUUCAGACUUUGAUUUACCCAAGGUGUAUGAGCCUAUUGAGUCAUUUGAGAGUUUAAAGGAGCGUCUAAAUAUGUUCCUGUGUCAUUAUAAUGAGAGCAUCAGGGGUACCGGCAUGGACAUGGUCUUCUUUCAGGAUGCGAUGACACAUCUGAUCAAGGUAUCAAGAAUAAUUCGGACACCAGGAGGUAAUGCCUUGUUGGUGGGUGUUGGAGGUUCUGGCAAACAGAGCCUGAUCAGGUUGGCCUCAUUCAUAGCCGGAUACAAAACCUUCCAGAUAACCCUCACACGCUCCUAUAACACCACUAACUUGCUGGAUGAUCUAAAAAACUUGUACAAAACAGCUGGUCAGCAGGGGAAAGGUGUCAGCUUCAUCUUUACCGACAACGAAAUCAAAGAUGAGUCCUAUCUGGAGUACAUGAACAACGUCUUAUCAUCUGGAGAGGUGUCCAAUUUGUUCGCUCGUGAUGAGAUGGAUGAAAUCCUCAGUGACCUCAUUCCUGUUAUGCGGCGAGAGUUUCCAAAGCGACCACUGACCAAUGAAAACCUGUACGAGUACUUCAUGUCACGGGUCCGUCACAAUCUCCAUGUUGUUUUGUGCUUUUCGCCCGUUGGAGAAAAGUUUCGCAACAGGGCAUUGAAGUUUCCAGCACUGAUAUCUGGCUGCACCAUGGACUGGUUUAGCCGCUGGCCAAAAGAUGCUCUUGUUGCAGUUUCAGAGCACUUCUUGUCUGCGUAUGAUAUUGAGUGCUCAACGCAGAUCAAACACCAGGUAGUCCAGUGCAUGGGCUCCUUCCAGGACGGUGUUGCAGAAAAGUGUGUGGAGUAUUUUCAGAGAUACCGGCGAUCCACCCAUGUCACACCCAAGUCCUAUCUGUCCUUCGUUCAAGGCUAUAAGACGAUCUAUAAGGAGAAGAGAUCUGAAGUCCAGACACUGGCCAACAGGAUGAACACUGGCCUGAAAAAGCUGAAAGAGGCAUCAGAAUCAGUAGCAGCUCUGAGCAAGGAGCUGGAGGUGAAAGAAAAAGAGCUACAGGUUGCCAAUGACAAGGCCGAUACGGUUCUCAAAGAGGUGACUGUAAAAGCCCAGGCGGCAGAGCGGGUAAAGGUCGAAGUACAGAAAGUGAAGGACAAGGCUCAAGCCAUUGUGGACAGCAUCUCAGCUGACAAGGCCAUUGCUGAGGAGAAGCUGGAAGCCGCACGGCCAGCUCUGGAGGAAGCAGAGGCUGCACUACAGACAAUCAAGCCAUCAGAUAUCGCCACUGUACGGACACUUGGACGGCCUCCCCACCUCAUCAUGCGCAUCAUGGACUGUGUGCUGCUACUCUUCCAGAGGAGGGUCAAUAGCGUGAAGGUCGAUCCGGAGAAAAACUGCAUCACUCCCUCCUGGCAGGAGUCUCUAAAACUCAUGACAGCUGGAAACUUCCUAGGCAGCUUGCAGCAAUUCCCCAAAGACACCAUUAAUGAAGAAACGGUGGAGCUGCUGCAGCCCUAUUUUGAUAUGCCUGACUACAACAUUGAAACAGCCAAGAGGGUGUGUGGUAAUGUUGCUGGCCUCGCCUCCUGGACCAAAGCCAUGGCCUCCUUCUUCUCCAUCAACAAGGAAGUUUUACCCUUGAAGGCCAAUCUUGCGGUGCAAGAAAGUCGCUUGGCAUUAGCCAAUGUGGACCUGGAAAAAGCUCAGGCUGAGCUGGAUGCCAAACAGUCAGAGCUGGAUGUUGUGCAGGCAGAGUAUGAGAAGGCCAUGAUGGAGAAGCAGACUUUGCUGGAGGACGCUGAGCGUUGCAGACACAAGAUGCAGACAGCGUCCAGUCUCAUCAGUGGCCUCGCUGGUGAGAAGGAGAGGUGGACAGAACAGAGCAAAGAGUUUGCUGCCCAAACCAAACGCCUUGUGGGUGAUGUCCUUCUGGCCACAGCGUUCCUCUCAUAUUCUGGUCCCUUUAAUCAGGAGUUUCGUAAUCUUCUUCUGAGCGACUGGCAGCGAGAGCUGAAGCAGCGUUGCAUCCCGUUUGCCAAAGGCCUCAAUCUGGCUGAGCUUCUUAUUGAUGCACCCACUGUUAGUGAGUGGAACCUGCAGGGCCUUCCCAAUGAUGACCUGUCCAUUCAAAAUGGAAUAAUUGUGACCAAAGCUGCUCGAUUCCCUCUGCUUAUUGACCCACAGACGCAGGGAAAGAUCUGGAUUAAAAACAAAGAAGCUGCAAAUGAGUUGCAGAUUACGUCACUAAACCAUAAGUACUUUAAAAAUCAUCUUGAAGACAGUUUGUCUCUUGGUCGCCCCCUGCUGAUUGAAGAUGUUGGGGAGGAGUUGGACCCUGCCCUUGACAACGUUCUUGAGAAGAACUUUAUUAAAACCGGCUCCACUUACAAGGUGAAAGUUGGGGACAAAGAAGUGGAUGUGAUGAAAGGAUUCAGACUUUAUAUGACCACCAAGCUGCCUAACCCAGCUUACACUCCUGAAAUCAGCGCUCGCACCUCCAUCAUUGACUUCACUGUUACCAUGAAGGGGCUCGAGGACCAGCUGCUGGGUCGUGUCAUUCUCACUGAAAAACAGGAAAUGGAGAAGGAGAGGACUGACCUUUUGGAAGAUGUGACCUAUAACAAGAGAAAAAUGAAGGAACUUGAGGACAACCUCUUGUACAGACUAACUAGCACACAGGGUUCACUGGUGGAUGAUGAGAGCCUGAUUCUCGUUCUCAACAACACGAAGCAAACAGCCGAGGAAGUCACUCAGAAGCUGCAGAUUGCUGCUGAGACUGAGGUUCAGAUAAAUGCUGCUAGGGAGGAAUACCGACCCGUGGCCACUAGGGGCAGCAUCCUGUAUUUCCUUAUUACUGAGAUGAGUAUGGUAAAUAUCAUGUACCAGACGUCUUUGAGGCAGUUCCUUGGACUUUUUGACCUUUCUCUUGCUAGGUCCUCGAAAAGUCCCAUCACCAUCAAACGGAUCGCGAGCAUCAUAGAGUUCAUGACCUUUGAGGUGCACCACUACGCAGCACAGGGCCUGUACGAAGAGCAUAAGUUCCUUUUUACUUUGCUGUUGACUUUGAAGAUCGACAUGCAAAGCAACAAAAUCAAACAUGAGGAGUUCCACACACUCAUUAAAGGCGGCGCCUCUCUGGACCUAAAAGCCUGCCCUCAGAAACCAGCCAAGUGGAUCCUGGACAUGACUUGGCUCAACCUCGUGGAGCUCAGCAAACUCUGGCAGUUCUCCGACAUACUGGAUCAGAUAAGUCGUAACGAGAAGCAGUGGAAGUCGUGGUUUGAUAAGGAAGCCCCAGAGGAGGAGGUGGUUCCCAACUCCUAUGAUCAGUCUCUCGACUGCUUUAGGCGGCUGCUCCUGAUACGGUGCUGGUGUCCCGACAGGACCAUCGCACAGGCUCGUAAAUACAUAACUAAUGCAAUGGGGGAGAAGUACACCGAAGGGGUGAUUCUUGACCUGGAGAAGAUGUGGGAGGAAUCAGAUCCACGCACACCGCUUAUCUGCUUCCUUUCAAUGGGAUCAGACCCUACUGACUCCAUCACCGCACUGGGGAAGAAGCUCAAGAUUGAGACCAGAUACGUGUCUAUGGGACAAGGACAAGAGGUCCAUGCUCGGAAGCUCCUGCAGCAGACCAUGGCUAAUGGCGGGUGGGCCUUGCUCCAGAACUGUCAUCUGGGUCUAGACUUCAUGGAUGAACUAAUGGACACGGUGACGGAAACAGACUUUGUCAACGACAGCUUUCGCCUUUGGAUGACCACAGAGGCUCACAAGCACUUCCCCAUCACUCUCCUUCAGAUGUCUGUCAAGUUCACCAACGAACCACCGCAGGGCCUGAAGGCGGGGCUUAAGAGGACCUAUGGAGGAAUAAACCAGGACCUUUUGGAUGUCAGCAACAUGGUGCAGUGGAAGCCAAUGCUGUACGCUGUGGCGUUUCUCCACAGUACCGUUCAAGAGCGGAGGAAGUUUGGCCCUCUAGGAUGGAACAUCCCCUACGAGUUCAACCAAGCUGACUUUAACGCCACUGUCCAGUUUGUUCAAAACCACCUGGAUGACGUGGACAUCAAAAAGGGCGUAUCAUGGAGCACAGUACAGUACAUGAUCGGCGAGAUCCAAUACGGCGGCCGAGUGACUGACGACUUCGACAAGCGCCUCCUAAACACCUUUGCCAGGGUUUGGUUCAGUGAGGAAAUGUUUGGACCCACCUUUAACUUCUACAAGGGAUACAACAUCCCAAAAUGCUCCAAUGUUGACCAGUAUCUCAGUUACAUCCAGGGUCUUCCAGCCUACGACACGCCUCAGGUGUUUGGGCUCCACCCGAACGCAGACAUAACCUUUCAGAGCAAACAGGCGAAGGAUGUGCUGGACGCCAUCCUCAGCAUUCAGCCAAAAGACAGCUCAUCGGGAGGAGGGGAGACCAGAGAGGCGGCCGUGUCCAGACUGGCUGACGACAUGCUGGAGAAACUGCCUCCCGACUAUGUACCUUUUGAAGUGAGAGAGCAUCUUCAGAAAAUGGGUCCCUUUCAGCCCAUGAACAUCUUCCUCCGCCAGGAGAUCGAUCGAAUGCAACGGGUCAUAGCUCUGGUCCAGCACACUCUGGUGGACCUCAAGCUGGCCAUCGACGGCACCAUCAUCAUGAGCGAGAACCUGCGGGACGCCCUGGACUGCAUGUAUGACGCUCGCAUUCCUGCACGCUGGAUGAAGGCUUCAUGGGCCUCCAGCACCCUGGGGUUCUGGUUCACGGAGCUGCUUGAGCGGAACCGCCAGUUUCAGGCUUGGAUCUUUGAGGGCCGGCCCAAAUGCUUCUGGAUGACGGGCUUCUUCAACCCGCAGGGCUUCCUGACAGCGAUGAGACAGGAGAUCACUCGCGCCAACAAAGGCUGGGCCCUGGACCGCAUGGCGCUGUGCAACGAGGUAACCAAGUGGAUGAAGGAUGACAUCACCCAGCCACCGGCGGAGGGAGUGUACGUUUACGGCCUCUACCUGGAGGGGGCCGGCUGGGACCGCCGUGGCUGCAAGCUUGUCGACUCCAAGCCCAAAGUCCUCUUUGAGGCGAUGCCUGUGAUCAGGAUGUACGCCGAGAAUAACGGUGUGAAGGAUUCGCGCCUCUAUUCCUGUCCAAUUUACAAGAAGCCGGUAAGGACAGACAUGAAUUACAUCUCCACUGUGGACCUGAAAACUUCCCUGCAUCCAGAACACUGGAUCCUCAGGGGCGUGGCUCUGCUCUGUGAUGUUAAAUGAUUUCUUUACGUAAACACACAACAUAUCGACUUCAUAACACCAGUCACCUAUAGAAACAGGACCUUGUGUCUCAAUAGGAUUAACCGUAAAUAAUCAAGUGUAAAGUUUUUAGCCAUGCAGUAGAAAAAUGUUCUUCUAAAGACCCUUUUAAGUUUGAUUUUCUAUUUAGAGAUACAUCAUGUUGAUGGGAAUUUUGUAGUAAGAUAAAUUUAAUAUUAAAGAUUUUUGAAAAAAAAAAAUUACAUCAGGUCCUGAUAGUUGUCCCAUUUUAAACGACUCAGAAUUGUUUAAUGCAGUAAGUAUGUAGAGUUUAGAUACCACUUUCAAAUAAAGCCGUGCGUGCAUUAAACACAAACACGUUUACCUGCAUUCAAUGUUUUCAUAAAGUGAAAGGAGGCAGUGUAGGCUACAACUUUGGUGUCUGAGGAUAAGAUGUGAACAUGAGCUGAUAAAUAGUCUGAUUUUAAGAUGUGUUUUGUCUUUAUGAGCUCAGUAACGGUGAUACAACUUAUCACAUAAUUUCUGUUCAUGUCAAUAGAUGGGUGGGGGGAAGGUUAUCUUCAAUGUGCCUACUUUUACUGUCUCUAUUUCAGAUUGUAUUGAUGUUGUGAAAUGAGCUCGAGAUUUAAAAAAAAAAAAAAGCUUUACAGAAAGAUUUAGUUCCGACCCUGAUGAGUCUAGACUCAUCGGGUCAAGUGUUCACCGCAUUCAAAAGGUAGACCAGGAAGUUUUUUUUAUGUUGACGUCACCAGCUGGUGCAGCCUGCUUCGAGAAAACAAGACGCAUCAGUGCAGGAUGCUGGGAUUAUUUACACUGUCCCGCCAUUAGAUGUAAGAGCAGCACAAUCCUGUCAAGGAUCUAAGAAGGCUACAUGUGUUUAAGAGCUUAGAUGAACUAAAUUACAUAGAAACUUUAUUGAAGUUUUUACAAAAAAAAUAACAAUAGCAUCAUCCAAAAACAAACAAAAAAAAAAAAACUUUUUUUGAGGAAUAUUUUGUAUCUUUUCUUACAAAACAACCGUACACACUAAACCUAUCAUGUACAUAAAUCAGGCUUUAUCUACUCAAAACUAAAAUAUUUACACUGAAAUAAUUAGAAUUUUUUUCUGAAAUUCUUUGAGUUUGUUUGGCUCAGGUCUAUGCAACAGAGGCCAGGAGCAUGAAAGUGUAUUAAAACCGAAAAGCACUGUUAACUUCCACAACUCCUGUUUGGUUUCAAAAGGUACAUUCUGCCCAUUCUUCCCCAUUAUUCCCUUCGAAAACCGGCACGCGUCGAUCAGCAUCCCGACCACAUUAACCUGAACGUUUAACGGUGACAGCAAAAUAUCACAUUUUUUUGGCAGAUUUAUAUGGUCAGUCUUAGAAAAAUUCUGCAUGCUUUUUAGUUCUCAGUUUGAAUCGUGAUCUACAUUCUGGAUGGGGAAACAUGUACAACUGUCUCACAAACUGUUAUGCGUCUGGCCUCAAACUCCCCCGCUUCCAGCAGGAGUUGACAAAUAACACUUCUGAUAAUACAGACAAGAUGAUUAGUGUGUAGGACUAUUUCAGAAUAUUCUGGAGUGUCUGUAGGAUACAUCCAAGACUUUGUGGUUUUAACAGGUUUCAGAAGUAUCCAUUGUAAACCGUGUUGCCUUCUUCUGUUU